AUGCUCAGCUCACACGCCUUAAGCACCCUCUCCCUUGCCCCUCCUUCUUGCCGCCCAUGCUGGCAGGUGGGAACGUUCAAGGGUCACAGGGCGAAGGUCAGGCUUCUUCUGGUGCUGGGCGAAUGCCUGCUCUCAGUGGACGAGCAGAGGCAUGUGCUCCUGUGGCCAGUGGGGACACUGAAGGGACACAAGGCGAAGAUCAAGCUGCUGCUCGUGUUUGGCGAAUACUUGAUUUCAGUGGACGAGAAUAGGCAUGUGCUUAUGUGGCCGGUCAGAGGGACACAAAGAGAUGCGCCCAAGGGAGAGGGAGAGGAAGGGAAGGGGAAGGAGGGGAAUGAAGAAGAGGAGGGUAGAGGGGAAAGAGGGGGACCGGAUGGGGAUGGAGGAGUGGGGAACGAAGAGGGGAAGAAACCUGGAGGGGCUGACCAGGAGGGGUUUGUUCUGGAGCCUCUCGGGCAGUUUCAGCUGCCCGAGGGGUUCAAUCCAACCGGGGUAAUUCACCCCGACACGUACCUCAACAAGCUCCUGUUCGCGUCAGAAGACGGGCGCAUGCAGCUGUGGAAUGUAAAUUCCAGGAAGCUUCUGUACGAGUUCAAGGGGUGGGGCGUGGGGAUAACAGCACUGGUGGGGUCGCCUGCAUUGGAUACAGCAGCAGUGGGGUGCAGCGACGGCAAGGUGCAUGUGCAUAACAUAAGGCUGGAUAGGCCAGUCGUGGAUUUCACACAUGCUGCUGCUGGCGCCGUCACUUCCCUGGCAUUUAACUCAGAUGGUCCGCCUCUUCUAGCGGUGGGCGGCAUGGGAGGAGCUAUCAGCGUGUGGGACCUCACCAACCGCCGUCUGCACUCUAUCAUUCCCGACGCUCAUGAUGGCCGUGUAGCGGCGCUUUCUUUUCUCGUGAAUGAGCCGCUUCUGCUGUCCGCUGGCGCUGAUAACAGCCUCAAGCCCCUCUCUGUUGAUCCUCGCCUCCCGUUCUUCCCCAUCCCAUCUACCGCCGCCUGCACUGCACGCCAUCAACUUUUGAGACGUCUCAAAAGUCGUCUCAUGAGACGUCUCAAAAUUUCUUCCCCAUCCCAUCUACCGCCGCCUGCACUGCACGCCAUCAUCCCCGACGCGCAUGACGGCCGCGUGGCAGCCCUCUCCUUCUUCGUCAAUGAGCCUCUGCUCUUGUGUGCCGGUGCCGAUAACAGCCUCAAGCUACAUGCUCGUCAUCUGCACUCCAUCAUUCCCGACACCCAUGACGGGCGUGUGGCUGCCCUCUCCUUCCUCGUCAACGAGCCUCUUCUGCUCUCUGCUGGUUUUGAGUCGACUCAAAAACAAGCGAGCCUCUUCUGCUCUCUGCUGGGGCAGACAACAGCCUCAAGGGGCAAACAACAGCCUCAAGGUAAUGCUAACGCUUCCGUAACCCCUUCUCUUCUUCAAUCGUCGUCUGUGACCUCACCAAUCGCCGUCUGUGACCUCACCAAUCGUCGUCUGCACUCCACCAUCCCCGGCGCUCACGACGGUACUACAGGAACGGACGCCACAUUCUCAUCACGUUCCUCCCAUCACACCCUAUCACACUCCAUCCCACACCACCAUCACAUCUCACCCGAUCUCACCCGAUCUUACCGCAUCGCACCGCAUCCCACCCAACGCCAGGACCAGCAAAGCCGGGAGUUAUCGCAGGGAAACUUUGAGAAGAGAAUGAAGAAAAUGAUGAUGAAGGAGGAGAAGCUAAAGCUCUCCAAGGUGGUCUGCAUUGACGCUGCUGAGGUGCGGGAGAGGGACUGGGCGAACGUGGUGACCUGCCACGAGGGUAACCCAGCAGCAUUCGUUUGGGAGCUGAGGAAUUUUGUGAUCGGCAAGCUGAGGCUGGUUCCGCCAGGAAUUGAACCCUCGCCUGCCACUUCAGCACGGCACCGCGUGGCGUACCAGUGGAGGAAGAAGCGAGCAAUGCAUCCCCUCUCUCUUCCCCCUCCCUGCCCAACCCACCAGGUGUGUGCGGCCAGCAUGUGCGGCAACUUCGCCCUGGUAGGCACCUCCUCGGGUCAUCUGCACCUCUUCCACCUGCAGUCAGCACGGCACCGCGUGGCGUACCAGUCAGAGAAGAUGCAGUACAGCCCGGCACAUGGCGGCAUGGUGACUGGCGCUGCUAUUGACGCACUCAACAGGCACAGCAUCAGCUGCGGCAGAGAUGGGCGUGUCAAGAGUCCGGCACAUGGUGGCAUGGUGACUGGCGCUGCUGUCGAUGCGCUCAACGGCCACAGCAUCAACGGCCACAGCAUCAGCUGCGGCAGAGAUGGGCAUGUCAAGGUCUGGUAUCUCAAGUCCGGCCGCCUGCGAUUCGAUGUGAAUGUCGGCUCGCCUAUAGUGAAGUUGAAGUUCCAUCACGGCAACAACCUAGCAGCAAUCGCCUGCGAGAAUUUCACGACCUACAUCUUCGACGCCGAGGCUGGCCGGCUGGUUCGGCGGUUCCCGGGCCACGAGGAUCGGAUCACCGCCGUCGAGGUCAGCCCCGACGGCCGGUGGCUGCUGACGUCAGCCAUGGAUCUGACCGUGCGCACGUGGCAUGUCGUGAGUGGCCGCCCGCUGGACGCUUUCCAGGUGCCGACAGCUGUCGUGGGGCUGUCCAUGUCACCCACUUCGGACCUUCUUGCCACCAUUCACCUCAACCGCCGGGGAAUCUACCUCUGGGCGAACAAGGCCAUGUAUUCUGGGAUAGAUGACUCUGACCUACUCCCGGUUCCCCUCUCCCUCCCUGCCGCCACCGCAACUGACGGCACCGGGACCAAUAGCAGCGUGCCAGCUGUCCAGAUGCCAAUUCUGAUUGGUCCAAACGAGGGAGCGGAGGGGGAGGAGGAGGAUGAGGAGGGGAGGAGGGUGGGUGGAAGGGGUGUGGGGACAGGGGACGUGGCGGUUAUAGCUGGGGAGGGGGGAGGAGGGAGAGCGGGAGUGAGUGGAGGGGAAGGUGAGGUAGGGAGAGGGAAGAGCGAGGGGGGGACGAGAGCAGAACACUGGACAGCUGAAGAGGCAGAGAGAGAAGCGAGGGACUAUGAAACCAGUGCCGCCGCCACUGCCGCUGCUGCCGCCGCCGCUGGUGGUAGUGGUGGUGGUGCUGCUGCUGCUGCUGCAGGAGAGAACCAACAGCAGAACCAGGAGCUUCAACUUCAAGUCCCGGGGCUGAUAUCCCGUGCCAUGCUGCCUCGCUCUCAGUGGGUGAAUCUAGUGAUGCUAGAUGUGAUCAAGGAGAGAAACAGGCCGAUUCAGCCGCCCAAGAAGCCUGAGCAGGCGCCCUUCUUCCUCCCCUCCGUACCGACUUUCUCGGGGGCGAUCCACUUUGCUCCUCCCCAGGCCGCUGCUGCUGUUGCUGCUGGCUCGGCCGAACCUGCCGGCUCGGCUGGUUCGGCCGAACCUACUGGUAGCACCGCUGCUGCUGCUGAUGGUGUUGCAGACUCCCAAGCUACGGCUCUGCUGAAGGUCAUGUCGCCGUCAGCCGUUGAUUUGGAGCUGCGGGCGAUCGAGAUCGUUGAUGACAGCCCCUCCCCGGCGGACCUGCACCGGGUGGCUCUCUUCAUGUCCUUCCUCGAGGGGAAGCUUCGUGGAAGCUGCGACUUUGAGCUGCUGCAAGCGGUGACGCACCGAUUCCUGGCGAUCCACGGGUCAGCAAUCUCCUCAUUCCCCCAGCUGCGCGCCAAGCUGCCUGCCCUCAAAGAAGCCCAGGCCUCCAGCUGGCAGCGGCUCGACGAGCUCUUUCAGAGCAUUCGCUGCGUUGUGGAUUUCAUCGCAUCUUCCUAG